AUGCGACCUUUGCCCAGCAAGCGGAAUCCUCUGGUUGCGCCUGGCGCAGCGCCGCCUUAUGAAGAGCUGGUGAGCCGUCGGCGGCUGGGCAAGACGAAAUUGACGGUCAAGCCGGGCCAAGUGGGAACGUCGAAUGCGACAAGAGCAGAAAACCUGGGUCCGUUCGAGUAUGCCCAUCUGCGGGCUCCUCUACCGGACGACCUCACUGGCUCCGAGAUCUUUGCUAGCCAGUCGAACCAAGCUCACCCGGAAACAUAUUUUCUUAUGAGGAGAAGUAAAGAUGGCUUUGUGAGCGCGACUGGCAUGUUCAAGAUCGCCUUUCCUUGGGCUGCCCACAUGGAGGAAAAGGAAGAGCGCGACUAUCUGAAGAGCCUUGACUCGACAAGUCAGGACGAAGUAGCGGGCAAUGUCUGGGUGGCGCCGGAAUUUGCUUUAGAACUAGCCGAGGAGUAUGGGCUAUCGGAAUGGAUCCGAGCACUUCUUGAUCCGACAGACAUUUCGCAAACGCCUUCCAGUGCGAAAAAGCCUAUUGCCGCACCUCCCAAAUUCGAUCUACCCGCCGAUAAGGCUAAACCCACUCCUCCCACCAAAGCGCCCCGUUCAAGAGCAACACGGUCGAUGUCGCCAGGCAAAACGGCAAGCCCAACUAAAGCGAAAGCAUCUCCGAGAAAGAGACAAACAAAAGCUCAGAAAGAAGCCAAUAUUGCAAAUGCAAAUGCAGCAAGCGCCAUUCUCCAGUCUGCACUAGACGACACCGCAUCUGUGGCAGAAACAACAGAAUCGAAACCAGAGUCACCUGCUUUGCCAAGCCCACCCGCAACAAACCCGGAGCCGGAGAUGGUGAAGGUUGAGGUCGAACAGACAGUCGAAGUUGAGGGCACAACAGAGACGACUCAUACGAAUGUGACGGUUGAAAUGCCGGCUGGCUUGCCAGAGUUACCUCUCCCAGAAGAUACCGAGAAAAUGCUUGAGACGGCCAAAAAGAUGGUCGAAGAGGCCAAGACUCUGGAAGGCUCUCCGAAGGUUUCCAAGAAGCGCAAAGCGCAAGAGCCAGAGCCCAGCGACAUCGACGCGGAACUUCCAGCACAGCCUGCUAAGAAAGCGAGAGUGUUGGAAGAGAAAUUGAAGAGAGAAAAGGUGCGAACAAGGGCAGUUUUGGGUGUCACGGCGACACUCGCUAUAGCCGCUGCAAUUCCAUACUUUUUCUGA